CGGAUUCAGUGACGUCACGCCGAAGGUGAAAGGGCAUUAGAGUCCAGGAAUAUCACGUGGUCGGCACUUAUAAGAAACCGAGCAGAGAAAUUUUUGGAGAUUUGAUUGCUGAAGUACGGAAUGAGAAAGUAAGAGAAUUGUCAUUGCAAGUUUUUCCGUACCCUUCCCUCUGCAGUUAUUUAUCCGGUUUGAGAAUUUUGCAAGAAAAUGGAUAACAUUUUUAGUUACAAUAUUUGGAGAUUUCGUUUUAUAUCAGAAUUUUAGAAAUCACCGAUUAGUUUGAAUGUGAAUAUAACUUUUGUUAUAUUGUUGAAAUUUGAAAUCCUAAAAUAACUACAUUGCCUCUUUCAAGUAUCAUAUUCUGCUUUAGAAAACAUCGAACUCUCGUUAAAGUAUUAAACACAGAAAAAUUUAUAAAGUAAAUUUAACUCAAAACUUAAGUUAUUCAAUAUACAGCAGUUAUGGCUAAUAAUUGGGGAAAUUUAUUGUCCAUUUUUUUAAUGGUUGCAUUGCAGUGCCUUUCAGAGAUUCAUCUAUCCUUAGCAGAGGAAGCAACGACAUCUUCUAUUCGUGAUGUACAGUUCAGUGGCUGGAAACCGAUGCUGAGACCAGAAGCAUUAGACACUACUCAAUUUGCUAAAAGAGUAUUAGGUUCCAAAUUUCGAAAUGCAUCAGAUACUGAAGUGUCAGAAACACGACGAAGUUUCCUUUUAUUAUACCCUCCACGUCCUGCACAACUGCAAGGAGUACAGAAGACGAAAAAUCCUCAGCAGAAUUCCCCUCGCAAUUUAGGACCACCACUGCGUGCUUAUCCAACUCAAUCUCGAUACCAAAGGAUAAAGAACUUUGGCUCUGCCGAAGUACCAAGUGGAGGUGCUAAAAAAGCACCAAACGUAUUUCAAAGGCCAAAAUUUCCGCCUGUUGCUAACCCUCCACCUUUACCUGAACAUGCGCUGAGAAACAGGAAAAAACUUUCCCCGAAUUUUACUCCAGAAUCAACAUCGCAGCACCAGGUCCAGAUUCAACUGUUAGAUGGAUAUAUUGUGCCGCCAUCAGGAGGUGCAGUGUCAGCUCUACAUGCAGAAGAUAAAGGAACACAAAUUUCAACAUUUCCUUUAAACUUGAAUAAUGUGCCUGAAAUCAGACUUUUAUUACCUGGAGAUGUCCAUCAGCAACUACAAAAUUUACGACAACCACAGAAGCAAGGAAAUGCACCAUCUAAACCAGAAAUACAAGGUCAUGUUGCUGGGAAUAAAGAAGUGCAGGAUCAUUCACGUGAUAGGUUAAGAAAUUCGCAAGAUGAUAGAAUUCCUAACCAUCAGUUCGAGUCUCAACGACAUCCUGAUCCUAAUGCUAUCAGGAAUCAUGUAGUAGCAAACAAUAAUAGGAACGCUGAACCUCCACAUAAAAUACCUGGUGAAGUACGGCCUCAGCAAGGGAAUUAUAACCUCGAACACAGGAUACCUGAUAAUGGAUUUUCCCAACCGGAUGCUAAUAUUCAUCCUGAACAGAUUUCCUUCCCUGGACCAGAUAACGGAAGUUUUCAAAAGCAGACGGCUAAUCUUGCUCCUAAUAACCAAGGAAAUGCUUAUAAUAUUGAAGCAGUUUCCAAUUUUAAUGUGCCAAAUAGAGGUAACUACCCAGAGGAACCUAAACUUGAUGCCAGAGCUCCUGUUAUUCCAGCGAACACAAAUUUCGUCCCUGAUCAAAGAAAUACAUACAGCAUAACAAAUCAGUAUCAACAAAAUGAAGUUAGGUACCCCCAACAAAUUUCUCAGAGUCCAGUAUUAACUUCCUAUGGCAAUCAGCCUACUAGACACCACAGAGAAGAAAGUUUUAGACCCCUCUCAGCUGAAAAUUAUAAUCAUUUUAACAGACAAAAUCAAAAUUACAAAGGACCGUCUCAAGCUGGACAAUCAGUUGGCAAACUAAAUGUUCAAAUUAAGCAGAAUAAUGAUCAGUAUAAAAUCAGUCAAAAUUUAAACAAUGGUCAGAAUGGUUGGAGAGUGCCACAAUCCCUUCAAGGAUAUCCGAAUUUUAACAGAGCUUCUAUUCCUCCAGAAAAUCAAAAUUUUUACUCAAUUAAGUCUGGUAGCAACGCUCAAAGAAUAAAUGCACAGGGUAAUCCUCAGAACGUUCAACAAACUCUUCAUUAUUUCACUCAAGGCAUAGGAAGUCAAAAUACGGGAAAGACUCGUUUUAAUCAAGGAAAUUCUAUACAAGAUAUCCUAAAUCAACAAAAAGUAACUGAUAACAUAGCAUUUGUAUCUGCGCAACCAGAAAUCAGUCAGCAUACAUCGACUCUAGGUGACUUUAAUACUCAAGGUACUCCUGAAGACCAAAUUUAUUUCAUUCCACCAGUGCCAAAUAAAGAUGAUAUACAGACUCAGAUUGAAGCAUUCGAUGAUCCUAAAAAUGAUGGUUCUUUAAUCAGCGAUGACACAGGACCGCAGAAAGAGUCAUCAAAACAUGAAACGGGAGUCAUAGAACAAAAAGAAAUUCAACCUGAUGUGGAUGAGUCGACGGGACCCACGAGCGUAACAAAACAGCCAGAUACUCCAGUAGACAGGAAUGGCUUUUGUGAAUGCACUGUGAGUUGUGCUCCUAUUCAAAGAUCACCUGAUGAAAAUUUUGGCUCCUCAAUUCGAGAAAUCGCUCGAUCAUUAAACGCUGAUGCCUUUUUUGAUUUUGUUGGCUUAUCAGAUGAAGAAAUAGAAAGCUUAUUGUCUUCUGAUGGUCCAUACACUUUAUUUAUUCCAUCGAAUGAAGCUGUGUCUAGAUUGCCGUCGAAUUUAGUAGAUCACUGGCGUGAAAACAAUCCUGAUUUAACAUUAGCUCUUCUAAAUCACGCCAUACAAGAUGUCGUCACACUUGACCAAUUAAAGCAGGGUGGACGUAUGACGUCGCGAGCUCGAGAAGCAACGAUAUUCAUCAAUAAUUACAAUAACGAAGCUGUUACUGUUAACGGGCAUCGUAUCGUUCACGGUGACGUGACAGCUCCAAAGGGAGGAAUCAUACACGUGAUUGAUGGGACUCUUUGUCCUGUGGCCGAUCGAGACAUCAUUAAUACUCUUCGCACUUGCAAUAAAUAUGAUGGAUUCCUUACUCUCGCAGACGUGACCAAACUGUUGGAAGAAAUGCAAGAUGAAGGACCGUAUACAGUAUUUUUACCUAGCAAUGAAGCACUAACGAAAAUUCCUGCUGAAGAAUUGGCAAUACUCAAGGAAAAUAUUACAGUCUUAAAAGAUUUCUUAGAAUAUCAUGUUGUCCAAGGAGCUUAUUUCAGUGGUGAUCUAAAAGAUGGUCAAUAUUUGACUACCCUACAUCAAAGGCAUCCUGUGCGAGUAGGUGUACGCGUAGAUGGAUGUUACAGACGUCUUGUGGAAGCUAAUAAUUCCCCGCUCUUUAAAUCAGACAUUCCCACCAAAAAUGGAGUUAUCCACGUCAUUGAUUGGGUACUAAGGCCUGGAGAUCUUACUUGGUGUGAUGGCGUCAUUCUUCCCUGAAAAUGAAGUACAAAAAAAUACCCUAUUACUCACCCAUUCUCAGGACAGCACCAACAUUUUUGCUUUUAUACUUUGAUUCAUAAUUAUUAUGAAUUAAAUUCUCUCAUUUUUCGCCUACCAAUGUAUAGUAGCUGUGUUUCAUAAUGUUGAUGGAAAUCUAGAUUUUCACAGGAUUGGUGCUUAAGAAAUCCGGAAGCCAACAUUGCAAAAUUCCUAACAUCAAUGUUUAAUUGCAGUGUCAUCACCAGAAGAUUGUUUUAUAGUUACCAUGCUGCCUUUUCUGCUAGUUUCUGAAAUAUAUACUGUAAAAUAUUUCUUCCAAACUUUCAGUUUCAGCACGUAUUUGUCAUUAAGUUUUACAAAAUAAGCUGUAUGUCAAAAUUAGAUAAAACAUGUUAAAAUAAGAAAAUAUUAUGCUGUAUAAUAUCAUGCUAUAAAAUAACUAUAUAACUAAAGAGGAUCAUGCAUACUUAAUUAGAUCCAUAAUACUUGUAGUUUGAACAACUGCGAUUUCUCAUCUGAUAAGCAGAGGAUGCUUAAAAAUGAUUGAUAUAUAUUCAGAGAUAAAAUGUGAAUAUACAGAUGAACAUAUAUAACCUGAAUGAGCAAAAGAGUAAAAAGUUUUCACUUUCCGAGAAAUUAGCGAAGUCACUGACAGCUGUCAUAUCCAAGCUUCAAGUUUUCUUUAAAUGGAUCUUUUUCAGAUGUUUUUUCUAAAUGGAUCGUUUUCAGACUCUCACAAAGCUGAUUAACAAAAAUUGAGUGUGCUUUUCAAUCACAUUCUCCUAAGAUCUCACCUCCAAAGACAUCGAUGCAAAGGGGGCUUCAUGCCUCAGAAACCCACUAAGUAUUUGUUAAAAGAUUAAAAAAAGGCUUUAAUCAUCUACGACUAAAAACAAGCAUUGAUCUUGCACGACUGAGAGCUAGCUCACUAUAUCCCGUCAGAGCUGGAGACAUGUUUUAACACGAAAGGUCUUCACAAUGAUCAUAUUUAAAACGAAUAAACAUUGAAAUUAGCCAUUUAAAAAAUUCUAUUAAAAUGAUAAUUUACAAAAUAGUAUUUACAAUUGUAUAGUUAGAAUAUACUUAACCUCAUAAAAAAUGAAAUGUAUUAACCAUUUGGGGCACCUUAAAAUUAUUCGCGUAUCUACAUCAGUGUUCUUAAUCUCAUAUUACGUGAGAACUGAAUGUACGUUUUUAAAUCAGCUGACGCUUUUUUUACUGAUGAAAUUAAACGAUUUUUACCUAAAUUGAAAAUUUUAUUUAUUAAAUAUUUAUUGAAACUUACAUAAAUGGUAAUAAAAAUGACGCAAAGGAAAACAAUUCCAAUUUAUAUUUAUUUUCUGUUUGAAAUCGAAAGUUUGAUAUCCUCAAUAUGUGGGACUGAGAUAAAAAUAACAAAAUACUGUAGCAAAUUUCCAACCUAGGUUUAUUCAAAACAGAUUCCUUUACAAACUAUAUCCUGCUUUUCAAAUCAACAAAUACAUAGAAUGAAUACUGAUGAGUAGUUAAAAUUAAUGCUGUUCAAAAACCUUUUUCAUAAUUUUCUGUGUUUUCAAUAUGGUAUUCUUUUAGAAGUGCUUCAAUUUUGGGAAACAGGAAAUAGUUGUUUGGAGCUAACUCCGGAGAAUUAAUGGGAUCUGACAAUUGCAAAUUUGUUCUCUGGCCCAAAAUUCUUAAAUGUUUAUCUUAUGACAAGUGUUUGUUACAAAACAAAGGAAAUCAGUUGCUCUGUUCUAGAUAUUAGAAUUUCACGAUGUUUCAGAGCAUUUAAUUAAGGUGCGAGUAACUGUCCAUGAGUGACAAAUUCUUUGCGUGUAAAAUUUUCAUUUCAUGAAACACCAUUAAGUAUUGAUAUGAUUUUCACAUACAAACAUUCCGGUGUUUAGAAAUUUGCAUUUGCAUCCAUGCACAAUUAACUCUCACGCAACGACCAAGAAAUGUGACUUAUGUAGCAAGUGUUCUUAAAGAAAACACUUGCUUUACUUCAAGUUCUUAACUUGUAGAUACAAUGCCCAUUUUCGUUCCGUAUAAUCUGACUGAUUUAAAAUUUUUGCACCAUCUACAAAUGCUGUACGUUAUUUGAUCACGGUAAGCUUUUGAUAAAAAUACUAAUUUUGAUAAACUGUAUGAAUAUAUCAUGAAAUUUUAAUGUUUAUGAUUCCAUUUGUUUGGCUCGCAACAAAAGGCAAACUGUUGUGGAAAUGUAUUUUUAUCAUAUAUUUGUUUGUUGUCAUUGCACUUCAUUUUUGUUUACAAAUCAUUGUUUGUUUAUUUGUUUUUUAAUUUGUUAACGAAAACGUCAUUUAUUGCUUUUCUUAUAUUACUGCAUAAGAUGUCUGUGACUUCAUAAGUGUCAUUCUGGGAAUGACAAGUUUCAAUUUUGUACUUUGUUUUGCUUUGUUGUGGAAAAAAUAAAUAUCUUAAAAUAAAUGAAAA